UAAUUGUAUUAUAGAAGUUUUCUGUAUUAAUAAAGUUUUCUCUACUUUUCAGUUUUGUUAUGAAUCAUGGGUACUAACAACCAGGAUGUUGCGUGUUAUCUUGUUACCAAGCAUUCAGCAUGGAAGGGCAAAUACAAGAGGAUAUUCAGUGUGGGGAAUGCAGGCAUCACCACCUACAAUCCAAACAGUAUGGAAGUUACCAACCAGUGGUAUUACCACGACUUUAUUAAUAUAACACCAGCCUUGAAAGGCAUUGGGCAGGUUCCCAACGAAUUCAUCAUCACAAUGAGAAAAGGGAAGAAAGUAGAUCACAUGAGAUUUUCUUCAGAUCAUCGGACUGACAUAAUAUCAGAGGCUCUAGUAUAUAGACAUAGUUUUGCAGAACCUGUUUCAGACAAUUUGCGUGCUAACGCCCAGAAAGUUCACUGGACAGAGACCAAGCAGUCAGUGGUACUGGAAGUGACUCCCUGCUCUGUGGAUCAGCUGGAUCCUACCACUGGAGCCCCUUUAACUUCAUACAUGUUCAAAGACAUAGAAGCCUUAGUUCCUAUAUCAGACCUUCCAGGUGGCAUUUGUAUUCAGACCAUGGAGCAACUUGGUGUGUCUGUUAAGGUCGUGAUGGACAAGGCAAAGAAUGAUAGUGUUGUGUUCAGUGGAGGAGGUGGCUAUUGCAACGGAGAGCUGUUGAAAGGUCUCUCAUUGCAUGUGUACAGACUUUCGAGUUCAGAAGAUUCCUCUCCACGGCGCCAGUGGCGCUUGGGGAACAAGUCUCAGCCUUUGAAGAGAGGCGCUUCUGAUACAGCACAGGCUCCAGUGGUUCCUAAGAAUUCUAGAGAUCCAUGCCCAUCAUGCAGUCAUUGGGAAAGUCCAGAGUGUUUUUCUUCCUACUGUCUCUCAAAAGUUGACACUUCUCCUGCUCACAGGGCUCUUCAUUGCUCUUUGGCUCCUCAUCAAGCUCCUGUGUCUGUUUUGUGUAAUACUCUGCCUGCUGUUACAGAGCGGUCGGUGGAUUUGCCGUCGGAUGCAAUCUAG